AUGUUACUGGCUCAAGCUUUACCACUAGGCUUAAAGCGUACCAAUUACGAAGAAAUCGAAACUCUUAAACUGGAGCAAACACGAUUACAACAACUACACUCCGACGCACAACGUCGGGAGAAAAUCCUCAUGCGACGUUUGGCGAACAAGGAGCAGGAAUUUCAGGAUUAUGUGAGUCAAAUCGCUGAAUACAAAGCUGCACAAGCCCCUACUGCAUUGGCGUUACGGUCGGCUUUACUUGAUCCAGCCGUGAAUAUACUCUUUGAAAAACUAAAGAAAGAGUUAAAAGCUACUAAAGCUAAACUAGAAGAAACCCAGAAUGAAUUGGCAGCAUGGAAAUUCACACCGGAUUCAAAUACGGGCAAGAGAUUAAUGGCUAAAUGCCGCCUAUUAUACCAGGAAAAUGAAGAAUUAGGAAAAAUGACUUCUAAUGGACGUUUGGCUAAAUUGGAGACAGAAUUAGCAAUGCAAAAGAGUUUCAGCGAAGAAGUAAAGAAAUCCCAAUCAGAGCUUGAUGACUUUUUGCAAGAAUUGGAAGACGAUGUGGAAGGUAUGCAGAGUACAAUUCUAUUUCUACAGCAAGAAUUAAAAAUUGCUAAGGAACGUAUCGAUGACUUAGAAAAAGAAAAUAUCCAACUUAAAAAUGGUGUUACAAGCAAUGGAAAAGAAUUGGUUGAAGACGAAGAGAUUAUGCACAGGCCACUUAUUGAACAAAAUGGAAAUUCGUUAACCGAUGCAACUGACGCAAGUUACGAUUACGAUGAAUCCGAACAAUUACAAAUACAACAACAACAACACCACCAACAGCAGCAACAACAACAGCAAUACCUUCAGCAGCAUCAUCAUCAACAACAACAACACCAUCAACAAGAACAUCAGCAACCAGAACAUCUACAAGAACAUCAUCCGCAAGAACACAUUCACCAUCAGCAUCAUCAUCUGCAACAUCCACAUCUGCAGCAAGCUCAUCAUCUACAUCAAAUUCAAAUGCAACAAAUGCACACAACAAAUGUCAACGAAACAAAGUAUCAUAUUCCAGCACCACUAGAAAAUAUUGAUGAAAAUGGCUGUUUACGUACGCAUAUGUCCACGAGCAUUUACUAUAAUGAUGAGCCGCAAAUACUGGCACCGUUACCCAUACCCAUUCAGAUGCUAGGUGAAGAAUGUAAUAGCAAUAGCAGCAGCAAUAAUAGUAAUGCACCCGGCAAAAUUAGAACAGUAGCUGCACGUAAACGCAAUUAUGACAGCGAUUCCGAUAACUUGAAUACUCCCGCAGUAGCAACUAUUUUACAGAAACUGUCCACACCGCGUACGUUGCCACCUAAAAAAUCAAAAUUAGGUCGCACACCGGCAAGACGGACUUCAAUGGACUCAACGGAUAUGACUGACUGUGACAUGAGUCAUAUAGUGUCAGUUGGAGGAGUUGGAGGAGUUGGCAUCGGCAAUGGUACAGCCACCAAUUUGGUUGUUGAUAAUACAGUUGGAGGAAGUAUGACAACUGAAGAGAAUAGUGCUAUGAUUGUAGAUGAAGUAAUUGACAGCAAUGGUGUGCCACAACGUAUAAUGACGCGACGUAUGUCGAUACGACAAAAUGGCAUAAUCACUGAUGGCUAUCAUUGAGAUUUUAGUCAAUAUAAGAAAUAGAAUUAUAUCUGAUAUUUGGCAUAUGCUAUGUGACUGACGGCCGAUGUCUGUAUUUGAUUGAUUAUGUAUAAAAUAUGGUGGUCCUUAUGAAAUGCAAUGUUUAUUAAGUUUAUGCUAUUUUUAUUAUAUAUAUUGUUUUUUUUAGUA